CCUCAAAAAUUUGAGAUUUUGGUGCACGUAUCCUUUGGAGCGAUUUGUAAUAAUUUUUAUCAAAGUUAAAAGAUGUUCAAUAUUUAAAUAAGAUAUUACUUAGUCUCCUGAAGAUCUAGCAGUUUAUUUGUAGUAUAAGAUCAUGAAUGCAUUGGAUAAAACCAAACCGUAAACACGAUUAUUCGUGGUAUCAUGCGCCUGAAACGUCCCAAGUUAAUCGUAGGAAUAAUAUUGCUUGUAUGGUCAACAGUAAUAUUUAUAUUCUUCUCGAACAAUUUUGGUGAGCAAUACAAGUCUUUUAACAACCAUUUGAACCGAUUGGAAGACGGCAUACAGCAACAAUUCAAGUUAAACAACGUUAUAAUUAGCGAGGCACGCACGUUUCUAGAAUUUAAGAAAGAAGGCCACAAAGAUGAUAGGAAUUCGAAUCAUCAACAAAAACAAGUCCAGUUUCGAGAUGUAAAAAUACCAAUUCUUGUUAUUGCUUGCAACAGAAUUACCGUCACACGUUGCCUGGAUGAAUUGUUGAAGUAUCGGCCUGACCCUGACAAAUUUCCAAUAUUUGUUAGUCAGGAUUGUAAUCACGACGAAACAACUAGUAUUAUUCAAAGCUACGGACCUUCUUUAACCCUAAUCCAACAACCCGACCAAUCAGACAUACCGGUACUGCCCAAAGAAAAAAAAUACAAAGGGUACUUCAAAAUCGCCAGGCACUACAAGUGGGCCCUGAACCAGAUGUUCUUCAAUUACAAUUAUUCCACGUCCAUAAUCGUUGAAGAUGAUUUAGAGAUAUCCCCGGAUUUUUACGAGUACUUCCUUGGAACUUAUCCGUUGCUGGUCAAAGAUCCCACGUUGUGGUGUGUAUCUGCCUGGAACGAUAACGGUAAACAGGACUUGAUAAACAGUGAUAAACCCGAAUUGCUAUACAGGACGGACUUUUUCCCCGGCUUGGGAUGGAUGCUGACCAGGGAUCUGUGGUCGGAACUUGAAUCUAAGUGGCCUAAAGCGUAUUGGGACGACUGGAUGAGAUCUCCCGCUCAAAGACAAGACCGGUCUUGUAUCAGACCGGAAAUAUCCAGAACCAAGACUUUUGGUAAACUAGGAGUCUCCAACGGGAUGUACUUCGAUAGACACUUAAAGUUUAUCAAACUUAACGAAAAGUUCGUGCCUUUUACAGAAAUGAACCUUACUUACUUACUAAAGGAUACUUAUGAAAAAGAGUUUGUAGCAUUAGUUUACAAGUUGCCUGUGAUAAGUUACGACGACCUGAGAAACAAUAACGUCAGUUAUAACGGAUCGGUUCGUAUAACAUACAGAAAAGUGAACGAAUACAAGAGCGCGGCUAAGAAACUAGGAUUAAUGGACGAUUUUCGGGGUGGAGUUCCACGGAUGGCCUACAAGGGUAUCGUAACGUUCUUUUACAAGGGCAGGACCGUACAUUUAGCACCCCCGGCCAAUUGGCAAGGGUACGACUUAACCUGGAGUUAACACACAAAUCGUUUCAUCCCAUAUUUUGUAUGAAAAACAAACUCUCUUUGAAAAAAACAAAACUGAACUGAUUUUUUUUAUUUUAAAAAGGUGUAGGUACACGUUUAAUCUUCCUUGUAAAGGUUUUUGUUUUUGCGGUACCAAUAAAGCCUUAAAAUAAAACUUGCAUUUAUGUAUGGAAGGAUUAAGCAACUCUAAAAAUAUUUAUGUUAAUUUUGUGAAAGAAAAACAUGACAGCCAAAGGUUAAAACUAGUGUAGUGUAUUUUAAAAAUGCAUCUAAAAGUUUUAUUUUGUUAAGAAUUAAUUUAUUUUUGUAUUUGAUCUAUAAAAUAAUAGCCAAAAAAAGCAAAUUUAAAUUUUGUUGUAAUAAAAAGUGUAGCAUGUCUGAAUAAUUACUUAUAUUAAUAUCCCAAAGAUAUAUUUUAUAUUUUUUCUCUUAUGUUUAACAUUUUCCUGAUGUCAGUCGCAGCUUAGGAAUAUCUAAGCUGUAUUAAUUAUAGAAACAAUUAUUGUGAAUUGUGCCAAUAAAGGGCAUUUACAGAUUUAUAUGUAUAUAUAAUUCGAUGAACAAACAUGUAAAACGCUUUUAUUGUAAAUAAAGAUUGUUUAAUAAAUAAAUA